UGUCUUUUCUCUGGGUCCCAGGUGCUAGAUCUGCACGAGAACAAGCUGACAUCGCUUCCUGAUGAGAUCGGGCAGCUGAAGGCACUCCAGGUGCUCAACUUGGAGAGGAACCACCUCCAUGCACUCCCAGAAUCCAUUGGGGACCUGCUCCAGCUGCAGACGCUCAAUGUGAAAGGGAACGCCCUGACUGAGCUACCGUCCACGGUGGGCUGGAUGGGCAGUCUGCGCACCCUGGACAUCAGCGAGAACAACGUGACAAGACUGCCCACUGCUCUGGCCAAAAUCCGCACGUUGGAGUGUCUGACCCUGGACAGAACUCGGCUCGUCCAUUGGUAUAAACGCUGUUUCUUCUCCAACUUUCUUUUGCAGAAUAAGUUCCAGGAUUAUGAGAAGAGAAAGGAGCGGAAGCAGAUGGAGAAGCUGGAGUUCGAACGCCGACUGGAGGAGGAGCAGCGGGAACAGACCGAGCUGGUGCUGCAGAACAGCUCCCGCAAGGAGGACAUGCUGCAGUCGGUCAGACAGGAGCAGCAGCGGCUGGAACAGGGGCUCUGGCACCAGCAGAAGGCUCUGGAAGUGGACCGGCAGCGCCUGCUGGCGCAGGUGAGACUGGCUGAGUCGAGCGUCACCGGGCGCAUCACCAGGCUGCUGCUGGAGAACAAGAGGCAGAGGAAGAGCGCGGAGUUUCUGCAGGCCCUGGAGGAAGACCGGAUGCGCGUGGAGCGCCUGAUGGCCAUCACGCAGGAAGAGGCGGAGUCUCUGCGCAGGAAGGAAGUGGCAGCGGCCAUGCAGAAGAUGCUGUCGGAGAGCUGCUCCCUCAGGAUGAUCCAGGAAGUGUGCGAGGCUCGCCGGAGGACGCUGGUGUCCGAGACCUGCAGCAGCCUGGAGUCCCUGGACAGGAAGUUCGAACAGGUGCUGUCACUCCAGCAGCUGGACAAAAACAGAGCCAUCAGCCACAUCCUGCAGGAGGAGGAGAUGCAGAAGGCAGCGUUUGAGACACUGCAGCUUCAGAAGGACAGCAUGCACUGCUUCCUGCGGAAUCAGAUUAGGUUAAUAGAAGCUGAGUUAAUGCAGUUGACAAAGCUGGAGGUUAAGAGGCGAGAUCUGGACACUGAGAAUAUGCAGGAGGUGCUGAGUGAACAGCGCAGUGCGCUCAGUGAUCUCCUGCAGCAGCUGCUCAAGCAGAGGGACCAGCGUGAGACCGAACUGCGGCAGCUUCUGGUGGAGAUGGAGCUGAAGAGCGAAGCCACGCAGGAGAAUUACUGGCUCAUCCAGUACCAGAGACUCCUGGAUGCCAAACCGCUGUCUCUCCGCAUGCAGGAGGCCGGGGUGGAGCAGGAUCUGGUGGACCUGCUCUGCAAGCUCUCCGCCCAGCAGUACCUGCCCUUGCUGGCCCACCACCGCGUGACCGCGGAGACGCUGCGCCACAUGACCCCCGCGGACCUGCAGAAGAUGGGCAUCAGUGAAAUGGGGAUACAGAAGGCACUGUUGAACUGGGCUAAGGAUCAGGCAGGAACGCCCACUGCAGGCCCAUACAAAGAUGCACAAAAGGAAGAGGUAGCAGAGCCCUCAGUGCCCAGUUCCCCAGAGGUCCCCAGCCCCCCACCGUCCCCAGAAAUAUUGGUUCCUAGUGCUCCCAGUCUGGAUGGGAGCUCGGAGUGCGUGGUGUGUAUGGAGAAGGAGUCGCAGACCAUCUUCCUGCCCUGUGGUCACGUCUGCUGCUGCCAGGCAUGCAGCGACGUUCUGCUCUCCUGCCCGCUGUGCCGCGGCGAGAUCGCCCAGCGCGUCCGCAUCUACCGCGGCUAGGGGGAGGGGGGGGCUGCGCCACCCUCCACGCCCGCCUGGAGCUCUGCCCCCGCCCUCUCCCUCGCUGUGCACGUUUCACGCUUCGUGUGUCGCCCGACCCAAGCACUUGUACGUCCAGGGGUGGGAGGGGCCAGGAAGCAGGAAGUAGUGGAAGCAGUGCUGGUGCAGUAGGGCCGGUUUUCUCCUCGCCCCCUGGACUCCUCCCAGUGAGGCUCCUCUGCGUCUUCCAGCGAGCUCUUUCCCACCUGGCCUUUAACACAGGGGUGUCAAACCCACCUCCUGGAGGGCCUAGAGUCCAGAUAGUGCAUCUUCCAACCUGAGUGGUCAAUUAAACUUAUUGUCUUACACUUCGGGGGUGAGCACCGCUGCCUGACAGCACUGGGACCUCAAGUAGAGGUCUGCACAGGCACGGAAUCGAAUCCCGUACGCGAGACCUUGAGACCCGACCGAGCCUGACUGGUACUGCCAAAUUUGGAACCCGAUCACUCCCCGAGCGAGUGGACACACAUGCACGCAUGGAGAGGGAUUCUCACAGACGCGGUUUUACGGUGCUUUGCUCGGCUGCGUUGCGCCGGAGCUGAUGAGACAGAAAAACGCCGUUGCCGCCGGGCCCCGACUCAUGGGGCAUUUCGAGAAGUUCUCCCCUUGCGAGUUUUCGUUUCAUUUCAUCCACUGCGAACGGCGAGCUAGGUAGGCUCUGUGACACACAAGAGAGCGAGCGCGCAAGACGAGUUACAGAUUUCUUCGAAUAAAAAAUACACGUAAAACAAUAAUUCGUUAUUCGAAAACAAAGCCGAACCCGGCCCCGAAGCCCGAAGUCGUACAUGAAAAACCGACCCAAAACCCCAAUACUUUGUCAGGCCCCGUCGGGCUCGGGUCAGGUAGCAGAGCUCUAACCCCAAGUUCAGUUCCGGAUGUGGCGGGGGGUGCUGUCUGUGUGGAGCUUGCAUGUUCUCCCUGUGUUCAUGUUCUCCCUGGUUUCCUACCACAGGCCAAAGAUACGCUGGUAGGGGAACUGGCUCCUGGGAAAAGCUGGCCCUGGCGGGAGUGCGUGUGUGUGUGUUUGUGUCUGUGUGGCCUCUGAUGGACUGGGGUCCCAUCCAGGGCGUCCCCCAUUUUCUGUCCACUGCUCGCCGGGAUAGGCUCUGGCUCCCCCCAACGACCCCAAGACGGAUGAAGUGUCUAGAAAAUCGACCAUCUUAGACCCCUACAGGACGUUACUAAAGAUCAUUUACAGACGAUGACUCAAAACGUUCAGAGCCAGGUUAUAAGUAGGACACUACUACCGUUAAUUUACCUGACCCGCUGUCGGACCAAGAGCUCAGGUUGGGGAAAAAAAACCAAACACGAGAGACUCCAGGACCAGAAUCCAAUACUCCUGUUUUUAAGGUGCACCGUGGAAUUGCAGAUGGAAUGUUUCCAAUUCCUGGCCUGACGCACAUGAUGUGCAGGAGGAGGUACAGUAGCCUUUCAGCAAAGUGCCCUUAUUUAUCGCCAUUUUUUGCCUUGAAUCCUGCAUGGUUUCUGUUACUACACAUGUACAUGUACUGUAUACAAUCGCAGCAUAAGGCACUGUCAUUGUGAUGUUAAAUUAAAGAUGCAAGUGACGUUGAUGGCAUCAGCCCAGAACGCUUUGUCGAACAGUUGUGCUUUUAAGUCACACACCCCCUUGGGUGUUGGCGUAGUUGAAACUCAAAGGGAUUUUCAAUGCAAAGGUGUCCUGCUGUAACUUUCCCUUUACCACAUAAGACAAAAUGCUGCGAGGCUGUAGGGGCAGAAUGUGAAUUGUUUCAAGCCGAAUUUUGACACCUCAUGUGAUUGUAUUUGUCAUGCCUGUUCUUCUAUAUAAAUAAUGAUAUGACUACUA